AUGGCCGACAUAUCGACAAUUAAGAGCGUUCGCGUCGACGCGCUUGUCGCUCUCCGAAUUGUUAAGCAUGCCACUGGCGUCUAUCCAACAACCGUCUAUGGUUCCCUUCUUGGAAUGGAGGUCGAUGGUGUCCUUCAAAUCACCAAUGCCUUCCCGUUCCCAACCUCUGCCGAAGGUGACGACAGUAGCUCGUCGGCCCUUACACCUAAGAACAAGGGUGUGAUGUGGUAUCAGAAUGAGAUGAUCAAGUGCCUCAGAGAGGUCAAUGUUGAUGCCAACAAUGUCGGGUGGUAUCAGAGCACGACACUGGGGAACUUCAUCAACUCUAACUUCAUCGAGAACCAAGCUCAUUAUCAGAGCCAGAUGAAUGAGAGGACAGUGGCUUUGAUUUACGAUAGCACAAGGAGCGCGCAGGGCGGGCUUGCCAUCAAGGCCUAUCGAUUAACCCCACAGUUCAUGGUAGCAUACAAAGAGAACAAGUUCUCCAGUGAAAACUUGAUCAAGCACAAUCUUACCUACAAGGAUAUCCUUCAGGAAGUUCCAUUGACUCUCUACAACUCUCACCUGGCCAUAUCUCUUCUCCAUCAGCUCUCCAUCCCUCCUCAACCACCCAGCAAUUUGCCCGUCUCUGUCUCUUCCUUGACUAACCCACCAACAUAUCCUCAACCAAAUUUUCCCGUCAGCACCAACUUUAACGCCCUAGAUCUCACGAUCGACCCGAUUUUGGAGAAGUCUUGUGACCUCAUUCUUGAAUCGAUCGAAGCUCAUAAUACCGAAGCAAACAAUGCAGCAUACUACCAGCGAUCUCUUGCCCGUGAACAAACAAAAAUAACCGCCUGGCAGCAAAAGAGAAAGACUGAAAACUCAGUCCGAGCCGCUCAGAAACUCCCACCACUGGCUGAGGAUGAAUGGCAAAAAUUGUUCAAGCUCCCACAAGAGCCAAGCAGACUCGAUUCUCUUCUUAUUUCCCGACAGGUUGAACAGUAUGCUAGACAAGUUGAUGGUGUCACCGCGACCAGCAGCGCAAAGCUAUUCGCAUUGAACGGUGGAAUCCCCAGAUUUUAA